CCUCGGGAAACGAGGAAAGCGUCCAUGGAGAUGAUGUUUAUGCUGUGACUGUUUCACAAUUAUUACGCUCCGAUUAUAACACGGCUUUUAUUGAACGGUUUAAUUAUCCGCGCUCUUUUAAAAGACCCAAUGAAGAGGCGGCUAAUGUAGGAAAGCAGCCAUGACAGAUUCUGCUCUUAUUGGAGACCAACUGAUCCUUGAAGAGCACUACGAUGAGAACUACAUCCCCUCUGAACAAGAUAUCCUGGAGUAUGCGAGAGAGAUCGGCAUUGAUCCGGAAAAUGAGCCGGAGCUUCUGUGGUUGGCCAGAGAGGGCGUUUCUGCCCCCUUACCUCCGGAGUGGAAGCCGUGCCAGGACACGACAGGGGAAAUCUACUACUUCAACUUCUCUACGGGCCAGUCCACCUGGGAGCAUCCGUGCGAUGAGCACUACAGACAGCUGGUGAUCCAGGAGCGCAAGAACGCCCGGCUCAAAGGAGGCGCUGGGAUGGGAGGGGCUAAGAAGGACAGGAAGAAGAAGAAGGAAAAAAAGGAAAAGAAAGAGAAGAAGAAGAAGGAGCCACUGAGGACUCCAGCGGUUAGCGACUGUUGCCAUCUUAAUCUCUUUAUAGUUUUUGACAGUUUGAAGGUUUUCGUUUCAAUAUUUUUAGAGUCUUUUAAGGGAAAAGUCCGUAUCACAUAG